UAUAAAUGAAUUGGCCAGCUGCAAGGAGGCCUCACUUUGUGUGAGAUCUCUGAAAGUGAAGGUGGUUUAAUUGGAGCACUGCCUAUGAGUAGCUGAAAGUGAUUCGUUCAGAAAUAUCAGAAUUGAUUUGGACAUGAAUGGUUUACUGGUUCUGCUGUUGUGCGCAUUUUGCUGUUGUGUAGUCGCCAAGCCUCCGGCAGCUCGGCGGGCACAACUACACGACGAUGUCCAGCUCAUUCAUCCGCACAUCAUAACCAUAGAGCGUUUGGAGAACCUUCUUCGGCGUGCUGGCGAAAUCUUUGGACCAGCAUUGGAGGAAGAUGCCAUGGCGGAGGCAAGUAGCCAGGUGCAGGAGCAAGUGCAGCCGCAGCAGCGAAUGCUGCCGCCCACUGAGCAGCCCUACAACUUCUAUCUGCCGCUCUUCGACUACGUUGAUCCCAAGUUGGACGCUAAAAGUCGAAUGAUGGAGAAGAUUGCUCCUCCGCCGCUGAAGUCGGAGCAUAACUACUACGCGGACAAGCCAAAGAAGAAGCCAAAGAAGUAUAACGCGGCCAACAAGCACAUCAACCUUAACCUCAAGUGGCUAAACACCUACGAAAAAGCCAUGGGAGGAGCGACUGCUCCCAAAGCCAUGUAUUUGGAGCAGGAUGAGCGCAAUCGGAUCAACUUUGAUGACUCAUUCUUUGCGGUGGACAUGCAAGUGAAAAUGCCGGAUAAUCAGCCGCACAAGGAGUCGGUCUCGCCUGGAGAGCUGCUUCAGCACGGCGAGGAGCAGGCGGAGGAGGAUCUAAUGGCGGCCCCGGCGCAGGUAGCUUUCAACUUCAAAUCGCCCGCCCAGUAGAGUGUCGGACAUAGAGGGGUUUUUGUUUAUAGGUUUUAGUCAGUUGUAUAAAAAUGUUACAAUAAAUGCACUCUGUGUGAGUAAAGGCUAA